AUGUUACCCGAACUUGAUGUCGGUGAUUGGCUUUACUACGAGGACAUGGGUGCUUACACUCUAAGUAUGGCUACAAUAUUUAACGGACUGGACGCAACUGCAAUAAAAUACCAUUGCUUGGAAGAGUUGUGCGGCGAUGAAACAAGUACGAUUGUCAUCCUUAUUGAGAUGAAUGUUCUCUUGACAUUCUUGUCCAAACGUGCUUUUACAGAACAAAUACUCAAGCAAUAUUUUGGUAAACUUGAUACUGUCAAUACAAUGAAAAAAAGACUUACAGAUCGAUGUGUCGUUGACCUGCAUCCAGAGAGAAGAUCAACACACGAAAUAAUCCAAAAUGUAGUGUCAGAAAAACAAAGAAAAGGAGAUGACGACAGAUUUGUUGUAUGUGAUGUUGGAGACAUCAUACAGAAGUUUCAGCAUUGGGUUACGUUAAUGCCAAGGAUUAAACUAUUCUACGCUGUGAAGUGUAAUACAGAUGAAGCAUUGCUGCAAGUUCUGUCAGAUAUGGGGGCGUCGUUUGAUUGUGCAAGCAAGAAAGAAAUCGAAGCCGUCUUAAACCUUGGUGUAUCUCCUACCCGUAUCGUGUAUGCUCACCCAUGUAAACCUGUAUCGAGUUUGAAUUUUGCGAAAAGCCGUGAUGUAUCUUUGAUGACUUUCGACAAUGUAAAUGAACUUCAGAAAGUGAAGGAGACUUAUCCUUCAGCCAGGUUACUGUUACGAUUACUACCAGAGAAAGAAUUCAAUGCGAGAUUAGAGUUUAGUGGCAGAUAUGGUUGCUCUUCCACAGAGGUAAGGUACAUACUUCAGACGGCGAAAGAUCUUGAGCUUAACAUCUUUGGAGUAAGCUUUCAUGUUGGAAGUGACAUACAAGAUCCCAGAGCUUAUGUUUCAAUUUUGCAACAAUCCAGAUCUGUUUUUGACAUUGCGCGUCGGAUGGGAUUUAAUAUGAAUAUACUAGAUAUUGGCGGAGGAUUUCCUGGAGAACAAAACACUUUUGAACGAUUUAAAGAGAUCACUGAGGUCAUUAACAAAACCUUGCUCGAUUUAUUCCUGCCGGAGGACAACGUUGAGAUAAUUGCUGAACCCGGUCGAUAUAUAGCAGCUUCUGCUUUUACAGUAGUUGCCAGUAUCAUGAGCAAAAGAUGCUAUCAAAGCAGUGCUGAUGGUGAUGUGAAUGGUCAAGACAGUGCACAGCUUAAAAGAAAUGUUGCAACCUAUUUCCUGAAUGACAGUGUAUUUGGGAACUUUAUGUAUGGUCGGUUGUACAUGCCAGGAUCUGUGAUACAUAUUCCUAAGGUUGUUAAGGUACGGGUCUUAUUUUCGUAA